AUGGCAAAAGCUGUACCAAAAAUAGGUUCACGUAAGAGAGUGCGUAUUGGUUUACGUAGGAAUGCACGUUUUAGUUUACGGAAGAGUGCACGUAGAAUAACAAAAGGGGUUAUUCAUGUUCAAGCUAGUUUCAACAAUACCAUUAUAACUGUUACAGACCCACAAGGUCGAGUGGUUUUCUGGUCCUCUGCGGGUACUUGUGGAUUCAAAAGCUCAAGAAAAGCAUCACCCUAUGCUGGUCAAAGAACAGCAGUCGAUGCUAUUCGUACAGUAGGUUUACAACGAGCAGAAGUUAUGGUAAAGGGCGCUGGUAGUGGAAGAGAUGCCGCAUUACGAGCCAUUGCUAAAAGUGGUGUGCGCUUAAGUUGUAUACGCGAUGUAACACCUAUGCCGCAUAAUGGAUGUCGACCGCCUAAAAAAAGGCGUCUGUAA